CACGCGAUUUUGCAUAAUUAUAUCCAAUACUUAUUAGAUAUUUUUCCAACAUGUGUUUUGGGGCAAACGAUCCAAAUGACCGUUCUACGCUUUAUUCAGACGCACACGGGGAUGUUUUGCAAUCAAAUUACGUUUUCCAUAAUAAACAAUAAUCACAGUAGGUUAAACCCGCCACAAAUGUGAUUUUUACGAGAGUGUGGAAUACAUAUCCUAUUACACUAAAGUGUGUUCCACGUGUCCCAAAUUGCAUAUGUGGUGUGUUUGAAUUCCUCCCCAGCACGCCCUCAAACAUUCAUUUAUUAGUGCCCCCAUAAACGUCUCGCGGAAAGGUUUUCCGAUCAUAUUGAUGAGUGCAAAAUAUACAUAUGGGCUUUUCUUCUAUUCAAUGUCCAAGUUGCACUCCUGGUCUUGUUAACGCGCACACUUUUGCAUGUGAUGUGUGCGCCUAAGCCUCGGGCUGCAGAGAUCGCACUCCCAGCACGCCUCCUCCGCUGGUAUUGUUUCCAAGCAGCUCGUCCGCGUCUUUUGCCGCAAUGCUCGUUAACCUCCGGAUGACCCCGCCGGCAGAGUCAGUGCAACAGUUGCGCCAGAGGAUGGCGCACCACGACAACGGAAAGUUCGCCCCUGAGCCAGCGAGUCCUCCUCAUCCCCACCCCGCGCGAGUUUACCUCCGGAGGUCACCGAGCAGGAUUUACGACUGGUCAACAAAAGCACGUGAUACUCCGCCGUACCCCAUAUUUGGGUGCCUACGUAAGAGAGAAUCAAGUCCAUGGCCCACUCAUUUCCAUAAUUCAUCAUAAAUUGUGCAAGGCUGCUAUAGGACGCGCUAAAGCAUAAGAGCCACAAAUCAAGCACGCCUGCUUGAUGCUUUUCUCCUCUUGCAAUAACAACAAUAAAAGGCGCAAAACAGCAGCAAUACACAGCGAGCGGGGGAAUUGUCAACAAAUGAGCUCCUAUUUUGUGAACUCAUUCUGCGGUCGCUAUCCCAAUGGCGCGGACUUCCAGUUACAUAAUUAUGGAGAGCAUAGUUCGGCCGACGAGCAAUACAGAGACUCCGGCGCCAUGCACUCCGGCAGGUACGGCUAUGGCUACAACGGAAUGGACCUGACCGUCGGUCGGCCCGCCACCGGACACUUUGUGGCCAGCGAGCGGACGGCCGCCUUCUCCCCGAGCCACUCGGCGGCCGCGACCCCCUCGGCGGAACCGCUCAGGUACACGCAGUCGGUCGCCGGCAGCUCCGCCAACUCGGCUCUGUCCCCCGCGGCUGACCCGAUCCCGUGCUCGUCCUCGGUGGCCGGCUCCACGCAGGUCAGCGAGUCUCGGACCCAGCACCGAGCCGUGAAAAACUCACUGCCGAGCCCGUGCUCGGGUUCCGGCUCCGGCGGGGCUGCUCCUCUCCUGCGCGGUCGGGACUGUGCGCCCAAAGUGCCCCCACUGGACGAAGAAAAGCCCACGGGGAGUGCACCCGGCACGCCGCAGAAUGCCAGCGAACCGGCCCAGCCUCAAAUAUAUCCGUGGAUGAGGAAACUGCACAUAAGUCACGAUUUGUCCGGACCAGAGGGCAAGCGUGCCCGCACCGCCUACACCCGCUACCAGACCCUGGAGCUGGAGAAGGAGUUCCACUUCAACCGCUACCUGACCCGCAGGCGGAGGAUCGAGAUUGCGCACGCCCUGUGCCUCUCGGAGAGACAGAUCAAAAUCUGGUUCCAGAACCGCCGGAUGAAGUGGAAGAAGGACAACAAGCUGAAGAGCAUGAGCAUGGCUGCAGGCGCGGGGGGCUACAGGCCUUGAUUAUACCCCCCCACACAAAAACCUACCCACCCCACUCAUCAUCACCCCUGAUAUAGGAGUGAGACAAAAAUAAAAGUUAUGUCAUAUCAACUCUUGGGGGUGCAGAGACACAUGACUGCAUCCACCAGGAGCAGCCGACAUGAUAAUUUUUCCAUUUAGUGGUCAAUUCCUCCAUCUCCAAUGUACAGUUUGGUCUAGAUUUAGAGAAAACGAUGAAAUAAAUGUUGGUUUAAAUUAUUUCUUGUUGAGGGGGGGAAAAGGAAGGGAGAAAAUGCUACCUAUUAACCAGCGAAUGCACUUCAAUGUACACUCGAGUCUCAUGCCUCUAUUUGUUUAGCUCAAAAUUUUCUGUGUACCUCCAGUGUAUUAUGUGUCUUGUAUUUAUUUGUGUGGUGUGUAUAUUGCGAUAAAAGUCUGCAAAUUGAGGUGUGUACAUAUCGCUGCGCAUUGUAUUUUGAGUUGCAUUUCUUAUAAGACAUAAGGCUUUCCCAAAAAAAAAAUAUCGCUUGCCUUUUGUUUAAAAUCCGCGUUGUGUAUAACCCCCGUGGUGUCAACAAUUUUUUUUUUUUUUUGUAAAUGUUUUCUAAAUGACUGGAAGUCAAGAAUGUACUGUAAAGACAUUGUUGCUGUUCAUCAUGGUAAUUAUAAUAAACUUUCUACUGGAA